UACCUUGGCUUCUUCCCUCAUCAGCCCCCUCCAUCACCCCCCGGCACGCGGCUUCGUGACAUUAUUUGGGGGGAUGAUCAUUACCUCAAUGGCCGAGCCGGGAGCCAAGUGGAAAGGCGGUCGUCACGAAGGAGUGACAUUAUUGAAUAUCCCGUGUGUUUUGGCCCGAGGCUCUGCCUGGUCCCCACGGUGCUUCCCCAGCCGCCCGUCCCGCGGCUCUGCCCGCGGUGGCCAAGCCCAAGCUCCGGGUCCCAUCGCUUAUUCCUGAGAAACUCCCGGCAGCUGCAGACACGCUAAUGUGGAUAAAGAGAAGAUGGGAAACGUCCAAUAAACUUCGUAACUGCCGCUGUUUUCCCACCCAGAGGGAUCCAGUAAAAACAGAAAACUCGCCUUUUACUCCAAAAUGCAAGAAGCCCCGGAGAGCGGCAGCAGCGCCAGCGCCAGCAGCUCCUUCUCCAGCCACCCUGCGGCCAGCAUCAAAGAGGAGGACUGCAGCCCCGAGAAGGAGCGACCCCCGGAGGCCGAGUACAUCAACUCCCGCUGUGUCCUCUUCACCUACUUCCAGGGGGACAUCAGCACCGUGGUGGACGAGCACUUCAGCCGGGCGCUCAGCCAGCCCAGCAGCUUCUCGCUCGGCAGCGCAAAGGCAGCGCGGAACGCCGGCUCCUGGCGGGAUGGCUCCUUCCCAAUGAGCCAGCGCAUCUUCCCGCCAUCCUUCUGGAACAGCACGUACCAGCCCUCCUCGGUCCCGGCCACCCUGAGCAGCCCCCUGGCUGCUGCCACUCACAGCGAGCUGCCCUUCACUGCCGCUGCAGACCCCUACGCACCCGCCUCCCUGCAUGGCCACCUGCACCAGGGCGGCCCGGAGCCCUGGCACCACGCUCACCAUCACCACCACCACCAGCACCAUCAUCACCCCUACAUCGGCACACAGAGCACCGCCUACCCCCGCCCUGCCACCAUGCACGAGGUCUACGGCCCCCACUUCGACCCCCGUUACGGCUCACUCCUGGUGCCCACCGCCUCUGUCCGUCCCCACCGCCUCACCCCCGGCUCCGUGCCCACACCGGUCAGCCCCCCCUGUGAACUGGGCAAGAGCGAGGCGGGAGCUGCCGCGGCCUGGACAACACCAGGACCCUUCCCCAAUGCAGCGGGGGAAAUGGCACAGAGCCUCAGCCUCAAUGUAGACACAGGUUUGCAGCCUCAGGAUAAAAGCAAGGAUCUAUACUGGUUUUAGAGCUGUCCUUCACUCUUCUUCCCCUGGCUCUCCCCUGUAGAUCUCUGCCUGUAUAGACAUGGUGGCAUUCACAGCUGAAAUCGGGUCAGUUUGUAACAGCUUCUGAUCUUGGUUUGCAGCUCGCCGUUACUCCUUCUGUGGUGGAUCUCUUCUGAGCUGAUGUGCUGACACAAAGACUCUCACAUCCCCUUUGCCCUUUUCCAAGCCCACCGUGGCCCCGCAGCCCUUGGAAAGACAACAGGACUUAAAAGGACCUGGCAUUGCAACGAUGGCACUUUGGACUUGUUUCGGAGAGGAAAAUCCUUCUCUUGCGAGAGCCAAAGACGUUGAACUUCUAUUUAAGCAGACCCCAACCCAGAACUGCAGUUAGACUUCUCUAAAAGAGUCAAAUGAUGUCAUGGAUGGUGAUGCAAAACCACUGGCCUUCGUACAGGGGGCAGAGGAAAUCAUGGGGGUUUUUUUUAGUGGUGUGAAUAUUU